AUGGCUACCCCUUCCUCCACAUCCUCUGCGGCCGCCGCGACCAUCACCAACUAUCUCGAAUUGCGCUCGCCGUAUGAUUACACCCCCGAACUCGCCCCCGGACUGGCGUUCACCAUUGCGUUCGGCCUGGUCACGCUGGUCCACUGCGGUAUCGCCAUGCGGUACAAGAAUUGGGCCGCUUUUGCGACACUGGUCCCCGGCGGUCUUUUGGAGAUCAUCGGCUGGGCGGGCAGGUUGUGGAGUCAUUACUCUGUGCUCGACUCUGACCCCUUCAUCAUGCAGAUGUGCUGCCUCAUUGUCGGCCCCGCAUUCUUCUCAGCCUGGGCAUACACCGUGCUCGGAUACUGCAUCGUCGCCCUUGGUCCGGCGUACUCGCUCCUCAACCCCAAAGCCUAUCUUGCCAUCUUCGUCACGGCCGACGCCGUGUGUCUCGUGCUGCAAGCGAUCGGAGGUGGUCUCGCCGCCGUCGCGGCCGAAGCAGGGACUGAUACUGACGCGCCCACCCGAAUCAUGCUCGCUGGUGUCUUGGUCCAACUUGGUACCAUGACCAUCUUCUCAAUCCUCGCGGUGGACUUUAUCGCUCGCGUCAUCUCUCGGCGCCCAUACGCGCACCGCGUCCAGUCCCUCGCCCGGCACGGCCUCUGGUCUGGUGCCGAGGUCUCCCCUUCCACUCUUCCCCCCGCUGGAUCCGACGCGGAGAAACACACCCCGGCGCCAUUGCACGGUCCGACAUCAGCCGACCGCGCGCGUCAACUCCGGAAGACCCAGCUUCUGCUCAUCGGUACGGCAUUCGCUUCGGCAAUGCUCUACGGCCGGGGAGUGUAUCGGUCGAUCGAGCUGGCGCAAGGGUGGACGGGCGAGUUGAUGACUCACGAGGUAUAUUUCGUCUAUCUAGAUGGCGUUCUUGUCGUGCUGGGAUAUGCGGCGUUUGCGGCGCUGAACCCGGGGUGGUUGAUUGAGAAGUAG